AUGGACUCGGAUUUGAAGAAGGAAGAGGAGAAAAAGGCACUGGAAGCGGAGAAAAGAAAAAAAACUGAGAAAGAAAGACUCUUGGCAGGAUGUGGAUCUGUUCUCCAAGGAAUGGCAGGAAAGAACGUUGCAGUUGAGCUACGCGGUGAUAAUUAUGUGAUUGGCGAGCUUGUCGACUGUGAUUCUGAUCUGAAUAUUCAACUCAAAAAUGUGACGGUGAUUCGAGAUUCCCAGGAAACCAAAGAGCCAGUGUAUUACGUGACUGGGAAGUUUAUCAGAUUCGUUCACUUCAAGGACCAAGUCAACGUGCAGGCAGCGAUCAAACGAUGUGCUAGAGGAGACAGAGCAGUCAAUGGUAAUCGACGUGCCGAUCAGAAACAAUUCGAUACUGGGAAGAAGCUUGUUGAUCAGUGA